GGGAGGGAAUAGUGGUGUUCUAAAAGGAACAAAUGAAUGUCAUUUACACUUUGUUUGUCUGCGGCAAAGAAACGCUAGUAGUGCAUGUCUGUAGUCUAUUCGGAAGGAUGCCUGCAAUUGGGCUUUUCUUGGCAUCUGGAACGAAAGUCUUGGCUGGCAAGUUUAUUUUUACUCCCCUUUCCAUUGAGCGCACAGGGAACAGCGCAGUGUGCACAUGGACUUUGUCAUCACAAAUGAAAAUCGUGAGCCCUUUCUUCGUGGAUGGGAUAAAUACUCCCCGCACCGCCGCUUCCCACCUCCAUCUCCUUCAUUAUCAUCAGCCAGACCAAGCAACAGCAUCAAGCAACCAUAAGAACGAUACAGAAAAAUGACGACCUCCCUAUCAGACAUGGACAAGAAGCAGAAGGGCCAGCAGAAGAACGACCGCAACAUCGAAAACCACCCGCCUUCCCAGUUACCUUUUAACCCAGAUGCUUCCCUUGGCACUCCCCCAACAGCAGCCAGCAAUUCAACCUAUCCGCCACCAGUUGAACAACAGCAACAUCGACAGCAAUCACCUCUGACGUAUCAGACGCAAGGGAUCACCAUCACGCACACCAGGCCCUCUCCCUUCGGACCCUCUUUCGCGUCCUCAUCAACAUCGUCGUCUUCCACGGCUUCUUCCUCGACCACUUUAAGCAAGGCGGAAGAAAAGGCGCUUCGCAACGAAGCGAAGGCGCGGGCGAAGCUCGAGAAACAAGAGGCCAAGGACCGAUACAAGGAGGCCAAGAAUCAGGCGAACGAACUCAAGCGCGAUAUCAAAUACCACGGCACAGAGCUUCAGCGCGAUAUCAAGCACCACAGCACAGAAUUCCAGCGCGAUAUCAAGCAUCAGACCACAGAACUCAAACGCGGACUCUCGUGCCAGGCCACAGAACUCAAGCGCGGACUCUCGCACCAGGCCAAGCAGGCUCUCACGGCUGUCAAGAACGAACUCGAGCGACUCGAUCGAGGCAACGGCAUCGGUGACCCCUGCGGCAGCAGUAGUUGCUGUGGAAGUGGUGCCCAGGUAUAUGCGACACCGUCGGUUCUGUCUGCUCCCGUCCAGCAGCAGCAUCCGGGAAUGUCCCACGGGGUGGUCACGGCUUACCCACCGCGCCAACUCUCACCGGCAGAGCAGCUCGCUCUUCAACACGAGCAGAUAAAGCAACAAAAGCAUUUGAAUCGUCAGCUUUAUAAGGAGCAGAAGUGUUUGAAUCGACAUGAGCGGAGGGAGAGACGACGUCUGGAACGGGAGAUCCGGAGGGAGGAACGACAUGUCCACGUACCCUUUCCGUUCGGCCUCGUCACUUUGGGGCCACGGAUCGUUGGUGGUGUAGCGAGGACGUUGCUUACAGAUGGCUCCCAUCACCAGCAGGAAGAAUUGCGUCCGACGGUGACAGUUGCACCUGCCCCGUUGAUCUAUCAGGCCGGGCACCCACCCCAGCAACAACAGCAGCAACCGCUUUACCAGCCUCCUAUGCAAGUGAUCCCUCCUUUCAUGCAGCCGUACUCGCCGUACUACCCUUCAAGCCAACCGUCCCCACAGCCAGAGCAGAAGAAGAGCGAAAAGAACAUCGGACCUCAGGAUCCAUUGCUGGUGUACUCGAUGUCGAACCUGUCCCUAGGUGCGACACCGCCCUCGUCUGCGUUGUCGUUGUCGUCGUCGUCCUCUAGGCCUGCGCCUUCUGCGCCACCGAUGGCCGCGAUCGGUGCUCACAGUCCAGAGCUGGAGCGGGAAGCGGUGGAGAACGAUGAUAUGUCGGUCCCCCCUCCACCGUACGAAGCUACAGCCUCGUCGGCUUCACGUGCUUGAAAAGCAUUUGUAUCAAUAUCCUGUGCACUAUCCCUGAUUGUAAUAUAGUUCGCUGCAAUGAAUGGCGUUAGUUAAUAAAAGGCAGCAUCCCAUCUUUACCCAGAGUCACUGUAACUGUGGGGCAUUAAGUGAUAGAGUGAUAGUUAGUGAGCCGGAAAAUUUUUUUGAUGGCCAUGGAAAUCACGCCGUGUCCACCUUGUCCACAUGGGCAUGAAUUUAUGCGAGUAUACGUACAGAGGCAAAUU